AUCAUGUAGAACGAACGGAAAAUGUUAUAGGAGCCCCAUCUAUAGAACACCAUGAGGACAUCUUGGAUUUACACUGAAGAGUGGAGACUGGGCACUAAUCGAUUUUACUUCCGUUCCWGGGCCGCUCACUCGUUUCACCCAAGACAGCCAAUCAAGGCACAAUGAUGAAAAAGACUGUGUCUUCUAUGUACUGUGACGUCAUGAGCAAGAACAACAAURUCAUGCAAUAAUUAGGGGGGUGUGGUAGGGAGUUAGUUGUCAACAAGGAAUAUCUGUCGACUAGUUAGACUUGGUUUAUUUGACCAUAAUGAUAACCUAAGACGAUGAAUACAUGGAUGUGGUUUAUUUGUCUAUGGAUCCUAGUGAUAUGUGGUCAGUCAGGGAGAAGUUCACGUCCACCUGUUGCUAAGUUGCAGGUCAUCAUCAGUUCUAGUAGAGGCAGAAUCGCUCCUGAGGGUUGUAAAGUGAGGUUUCGCUGUGUUGCCAACUCGACAGACGGUAGAGUUAAUGCCUACAAUUGGUUGGUGAAUGGUUCUCGCAUAUCAGCUACAGACAAAUAUCAUAUCAACUACUACUACAAACACAAGAAGCUYAUUAGAUAUAGUACAUUGAUUGUUGUGAACGUAUCAAGACAUAUCGAUGAAGGUUUUUACAGCUGCAUUGCUAUCACCAGGCUCGGCUCAGCAAUCAGUAAUCAAGCUUUGCUACAAGUAGCGUAUUUUGAUGUUCUCGAAAAUUCUUCAUCUACAUUUUUUCUGAUCAAAUCACUUCAGUCAAUAACUUUACACCCGCCAUCCGCACGUAUUUUUCCUACACGAAGAGUGACUUGGUUUGACCAAAACAGAAAUAUUAUCAAAGACGGCUACUCGCAAUCAUAUAUCUCAUCAGAUGGCAGUCUUAACAUCAUUGGUGUGCGUAACGUCACAGAGGAAUAUAGAUGUAUUGUGGAGAAUGUUGUUACUGGUGAGAAUUAUGUCAUGUAUUACAAGAUCAGCGUACAAGGUGAGUAUAUUAACUAUAUAUACUAGCUA